AUGCCGGGUGAGACAUCUGGAGGACAUUUGCCUACCAUCACUGACCGCAUCAAUGCUUUGUCAAGCGCUUUACGCAAUAGUUAUACAUUCCCUUGUAAGACACAUGUCCAAUGUUCCCUCCUCUCCCGGAGCAUCUAUGCUUCAUACUCGAAGAUAAAACACACCCAACUGCUCCAUCAUAAGGCUCAGAAUGCGCGCAAAUCUACGCUUCUAGAUAGUCGAUUUAAAGCUUGCGGGUCGAGAGCAUCACUUCAGCGCCACGAAAACAACCUUUUGGUGUUACUUGAUGCGACGGCAAUGAGUGGAGACGAGACGGACAAUGAGGUGCAAGGGGCGCCCAAAACAUACCUCAUCAGUAGGCCGCACUGGCAAAGUCCAGAAAUGAAGGACUUUAUGCGGAAGCUCGACCAUAUUUACAGGGAGAACUGGAGGAACCCUCAUGGCCGUCGUGCUACAGCAGGAAAUGCCCCUCGCAUUCGGAUAGCAUCUAAUCGUUGCGAGCCAGGGCACGCUCCACGCGGCUUAUGGCGAAAUUGCUAUGAUAGCAACUGGUUGAAAGAUUUGCGUGGGUGGCAGCGGGACAAGUUAGAUAUUGUUGACAAGGAUUACGACUUCACAAUAUCUGAUAGCGAAUUAUAA